AGAGUGAUGUUUAGCAUGUACUGUAUAACGUUUACCACCUUUAACAUCUUACUUUAGAGUGUUAACAUGCUGAUAUUUGCUAAUUAACAUUAGUCCAGCUGAGGCUGAUGGGAACGUCUUAAAGUUUUGCAGGUGUUUAGUCAUAAACCAGAGUUGUCACAUUACAAAAACAAAAAUGUUGACUUCAUAGUGUUUAUGGGAAAACUUUCUCAUAAACCUGAGGGCUUUCCUGCUAAAUGUAUCAUCUUGUUUAUGUUGUUCGACUUAAUAUUUUUGCUCUUUAAGACCAUGAAUGCGUCAGAGCAUUUGUUGGUUCACUUACAAAGACCACACCGUAUGGAUAUGAAUUCAGAAAGAUGAUGCACUGCAGGAGGGAGGAGCAGGAUGUAAGAGCUGAGAGAUGAGGGUUGAGGGAUGAGUGAUCGGGGGGGGAGGAAGGGUAAGGCAUGAGGGUAGAAACGGAUGGAUUGAAGAGAUUGGAGGUGGAUCGGUGUUGGAUGGUGGCGUUUAACGCUCCAGUGUUUUAUGGAAUAAAAUACAGAAAGUGUGGGAAAAAGCAGUUUAGGGGGAGGGAUGUGAGUCAAAGAGGAAGUAAACGGAGAAGGUGUGUUUAAGUAGGUGUGGAAAUGGUGUGAGUUCAAGGCUUGGUCUUUGUUCUUCACCCUAGAUCUAAACUUUUACUGAGUGAUACACCCCUGUCUUUUCCUGUUGUAUUUGGCAAAGAUGUUCAUACCAGAGCACACACACACACACACACACACACACUCUUCAGAUUGUGUGAUACACACUUACUCACAAACCUGGCCUGUUAAAACACCAUCAUCCGUCUGUGUUAUGCUCGCCAAACUAAAACUAAAGCCACCUGAUCCCAGUCAACCAUCAGACAUGCACCAACUAAUGAAUUAAGCAAUGUAAAUUAGUCACUUUAGUCACAUUGUGAUCGCACCCUAGUUGUUAUGGAUACGGAUGUGUUUCACCUUGCCUGCCCUAAAACAACAGUCAAAAUACUAACAACACAUGUAGGUUGUUACUCCUACGCAAAUCCUUCAAUAAUUGAUAAUGGGCUGCAGAAACGCUCAUUGCUUUCUUUCUGUGAUUAUAAUGAGUUAUUUAGUUUGGGGAGUCUUUACUGAUGUUAAUAUUAAAGGCUCUUCACCACUGGUUCCUUGAUCCUUGUCUGAAUGCAUGCAAGGCAUCUUGGCAGCUCACUCCCUGGCACCAAAACUCCUUUUCUGGCUCUGUGAUGCAUGGAAAAAAACAAAGUCUCACAGGUUUCCACUGAUGUCAGUGACGCAGGGAAUACCCCCGGGCACAGUUUUUCCUAGAAUGUGAGUCAGCUGUAGUCUGGCUCUCCUCCAGACGAGACAUUAUGACAUUUACACUUAGACUGGCAUUGAUAAAGGGAAGAGAGAUGGGACUCCUCACACACUCUCUCCCUCAGCCUCUUCGAGAAGAGGGGCUGACGUGGGAAUAAAAACAUACGAAUCAGCCCUCAACCAGGUGAAAUAGGACAAUGAAUUUCAUCCUCAACCUCCUGCCAAUACACAGAUCAGACAAGUCAACGUGGAAAAUAAGCUCUUGGUGCUGGCCCGGUUCAGUGACAGAAGGAGGGUUCUUGACCCCCAAAGCAUGGCUGCGUCUGUUCUUGCUGCUGAAGCUGGUGACGGUGCUGCUGUUCCCCCAUAGUGCGGACCUCCCCCUGCUGGUGGGUAGUUUAUUUGGCCUGCGGGUCCUGUUGCUGCUGCGCUCCCCUCACAUCUCCACCAAGCCGUCCACCGUGUUCCUGGGCCAGCUGGCUCUCACAGACAGUCUCGUGCUGCUGCACUGGAUGCUUCGGCUGGGAUCGACUCUGACCUGGUGGACUGAGGAGGCAGGAUAUGAGAUUAAGGUGGAGGGAUCAGUUUGGUGGAGGGAGGCUGUGAGCAUGCUCUGUCAGCAGCUGCUUGAUGCUCACCACCUGGCCUCUCUGCUCCUGCUGGGGCUGCUGGGACUUGAGGCCACAUUGGUGUCACGCUGGCCUCAACAGACUCGGAGAUACAGGACGUCUCGCUGGGCACAGCUCAGCUGCAACCUAGUUUGGAUACUUGUGCUGCUGGAACUUUGGUUCUCGCUCCACUUAAAACUUUCACAGGAGUCUAAACAUCAGACUUAUUCUUCAACACUACAAAACUCUCAAACUUCCUUUCUGGACCUUUCCUCCCUUCCAGCUUUGUCUUCUUUCCUGAGGAGGACGUUAUGGCUGGUGAAUUUAUGGCUGCAUUAUGCUGUCCUCUAUAGCAGACCACAAAAGAGAAAGAGCUUCUUCCACUAAAAGCGUCAGCUGUGAAUCCAACCAAAAGGUGGCGGUGCUAACCACUGCACCACCAUGCCGCCCUAUCUUGUCAUAUUUAUUUUACUGCAUUUAUAAUAAUGUUUAAUAUUUGUAUUAGAUAUCUUGAGUAACAUGAGUUUAUAUGCUCCAUGAAGUGAGACUAGUGUAUUUAUGUAGCCAAAGUUUGCUAUGCCGUUAAAGUAAGCUGAUCUCACAUUUUAUCAGUAAGGGAUUAAAGUCUGUUUUACAUAUCGUGAACAUGCUCUCAACCGGCGGCCUCGAAGCUGUUUGAUCUGGCAGACAGCCCAAGAAAAGAUGUUCAAAUAAAAUGUAACACAGACAGCAGCAUGUCAACACUGCGCUGCAGCAUCUUCUGCACAGUUUUAGUCCACGCUGCUCUCUAAUGUGUGUUGAAAUGUGUUCUGUUGAUGUCAUGUUUCAUUCAGUGACUAAAAGUUCACAUGUCUCUGUUUACGUUUUUCUGCAGCCCGACGUUUAUACAGAAAAACUGAGGCCCGAACACGAAACACAAACACAAUUGACUUAAUUGUAAUGCUGCUGCAGUUUAACUUGUUUAAUGUCUGCCAUCCAUGCAAUUACUCAGCUAGCUACUGUUCAGAUAAUACAGACACAGAGAGAGAGAGUGGAAAAGCAUUUGUGGAUAAAAUGCUACAAAACACAUGGAAGUGGUACUCGGCCACAUUGUGGCUUUGCCAUCACAGUCAUCCUUGCUUCAGAUUUGAUUAGAAGAUCAAAGAUGUACAUCCUGUGUUCAUAUGAGCUGUUUGCAUUUGUGAAAUAAGUCACACACCACAGUCACUGCUGACAAACGUCUGUGCUGUCACUCUGACCGAUGAGGAGGAAAACUACUAAUAUAGAGUCAGCGCAGACACAAAGUAUGAGUCAGACAGCUGAAUUUGGGAGUAUUUUAUUGGUGUGUUGUGAGCUGUGUCCAGCAGAGGGAAGCACAAAGCAACUGUCUGCAAAAGCCUGAAGAGGAGGGAGCUACUGCACUGAACUAAUUAUUAUGGCUGCUUCAGUGUGUGUUGGUUCGUACAUGUGUGAGGGUGCACGAGCAACUUCAAGUGUUCCUGGAACUAAUCAACUGAGGAACAACAGGGUGAAGAGGAUGGGAACACCGGUGGUAGCUUCUUACCCAUGAUGCUCUCUGCUUGGCAGUGGUGGACCUGCACAGUGUACUUUGGCACCGGGGCUGUCAGUCAUGAGUAAACAAUGUGGGAGGUCAGACUGUUAAAAUUAACAAUAGAUCCUGUUUGUCCUCUUUACCGUGUCAAGGUUCAUUCAUGCACUUGAAACUUUCAAGAAACCAGAACCAGAGGAGAGGACCGUGUGCUGUGAAAAUUAGUUACAGAGAACACAGAGAGACUUUCUCUACCACGAAAUUACAGGACAACGUCACAAACAUCUUGACUGAACCCAAUGACGGUAUAAAGAAUGGACAGAGUGGGAGUGACGUCACCCUGUUGGAUGUACUGCUUCUUCUGCCUACCAGCUAAUCUGAAUAUCAGCAAAGAUCAUCAGGCCUCCUGAUCCUAAGGUGCCUGGGUACACCUACCUGUCAAUCAAAGCAUCCACAC